AUGCAAAAGAGAUCUCCUUACCCUAAAUCCCCAUCCCCUGAUGACGACAGUGGUCUCUUGUGGAAUGAGGGAAGUGUUUACCCUUUCUUUCUAUUUCUUACAUUCCUUCACUUUCAUAAUCUUAUUUUCUUUCUCUUUUUAUUCCUUUUUUUUUCUAAGAUUUUUCUUUCUUUUCACCUAUUCCUCUCAUUCUUUUCAUCUACCCUUCUGUUUCUUCAUAUCCUGCUCACUCUCUUUCUCUCUGACUUUUUGUCUCAUCCUCUUUCUCUCUCACUUUUUGUCUCAUCCUCUUUUUCUCUGACUUUUUGUCUCAUCCUCUUUUUCUCUGACUUUUUAAAGUCUCAUAAAAUUGUCUCGUGCUCUCCAUCUCCCACUUUCGUCUCCCUUCUUCGUCUCUCUCUCCGUCUCUUCAAUUUUUGUCUCUCUUCGUCUCUCUUCCUACUUUGGAUUGAAAAAUCUCUCUCCUUUUCGUCUCUCUUCGUCUCUCUUCUCUCUCUGAAUUCUUCUCUCUUUUUCUUUCGAUCUCUGAAGACUUUCGUAAUGUUUUUUAGAAUCUCUUCGACUUUCGUCUCCACUUUCGUAUCUCUUCAACUUUCAGUCUCCACUUUCGUCUCUCUUCUGACCUUUGUGUCUCCCACUUUUAACUUUGCUUUCGUCUCCCUCUUUCGUCUCUAUCGACUACAUUUCCUCCUCUUCGUCUCUCAUCACUUUCGUCUCCGAAUCUUUUCGUCUAUGUCCACCUUUAAUCUCCCUCUCUUCGUCUCUCUCUCGUCCCUUUCGUCUCCCCUUUUUCGUCUCUCUCCACUUUCGUCUCCCUCUUUCGUCUCUCUCCCGAUUUCGUCUCCCCUCUCUCUUCAUAUCUCUCCAUUUUCGUCUCCCUCUCUUCGUCUCUCUCUAUUUAUCUCCCUCUCUUCGUCUCUCUCCCUUUCGUCUCCCUCUCUUCGUCUUUGUAACUUUCGUCUCCCUCUCUUCUAUCUCUCCCACUUAGAUCUGUCUCCCCUCUCAUUCAUCUCUCGAUUUUUCGUCGUCCUCUCUUCGUCUCUCAAAAACCUUUCGUCUCCUCUUCUUCUCUCUAGAAGACUUUUUCGUCUCCCCUCUCUUCGUCUCUCUCCCACUUUCGUCUCCCUCUCUUCGUCUCUCUCCCACUUUCGUCUCCCUCUCUUCGUCUCUCUCCCACUUUCGUCUCCCUCUCUUCGUCUCUCUCCCACUUUCGUCUCCCUCUCUUUAAUUCUUUCUACUUUUAACAUUGAAAUUGUUAUCUCACUUUAUCUUUCUCAUUGCAGAACUUCUCUCUCUCUCAUUAGAUCACACUUUUACUCUUUCCCUAUCCACACAAUCCUUUUUAUAAUAUUUAAGACAUUUUUUUUUUUAUUCAUUAUUUUUUCAUAA